CGUCUUCCCCUCGCCAGCAGCUCUCCGCCCUUCGUCAUUCCUUCCGACACCCGGCUCCCCGCUCCCUCCGUCUGGCUAGAUGUGCACUGCAAUUGUAGAAGCGCCUGCGUCAUGGUCUGCCCCGCAUGAAUUUGCAGAUUCGCCGCGUCCGUUCACGCCCUUGCCGUCCUUCACUCGCAAUGAGCGCUUAGCCUCACAGCUGGCGAGGCUCGCAUCCCAGCACCAUACCAGCGAGUAUAGUCGCGUCAAGUUCGGUCCUCAAGGCUGCCCCUUCACAUACGUCCCCCUCUCCGUGCAAACCCCCGAAUUUUAUGGCGAGCUGCAGGCACGGCAGGCCGACGUACUGGGCGCCACCGAGAGUUGGCACAAGUGCGACCUCGCCUCGGCGGACUCUCCUUUGCUCGGCCCCUGCGGUCGCCCACUAUCAGACCACUCCGGCCUCGAGAACAAGCUUAUGGCCGCUAUCAGCGAACCUUUGGAACCCAUGGAGCCACCCCAGGUCGCGCCUACCGAACCCCCACAAGCACAUCACAUCAAGACGUCUUCCACGCACCCCAUCAACAUCUCCACCAUCAUCCCCCCAGAUCUCCUCGCCCUCGUCUCCUCCCAUCUUGUCCUCUCCGCGCGCCAUGUGCCAACCGUCUUCGAGCUGCCCGCCAAGUUCCAGAUCGACCGACUGGUGGAGCGGUACCUGCCUCCGGGGAUGCAGCUCGUGAAUGUGCAGCCCCCGCCGUAUCCGCCGCCGGAGAGCCCACCACACAUGCUGAGGACGCGCUCUGGGAUGUCCGCGGCGCUCCAGGCCGCUAUCACAGAAGAGAUAUCGCCCGUGCCGCCAAUGCCUGCUGUGCCUGGCGCGGAGGGGGCGGAGUCUCCACGACCGCCUCGCUUGCUCGCCAAGCCCUCGAAUGUGUCGCACAUAUCGCUGUCGAUAGCGCCGCCGUUGGCAGAAAAGGACUUUGAUGAAGACGCGUCGGACGAGAAGAGCCCAUUAUCACCAUCGACUCCGACGUUCAUGCUGGGGAAUUUGUUCAUGUCGUCUUGUCCGGGGAAGAAGGUCCGCUUGCAAGGUCCUGUAAGGGGACGGAGCGGCGUCUGCAGAGACCUAAGAACAGACUUGCGGAGGAUGAGGGAUCUCGGCGUCGGGUGCAUAAUAUGCUGCCUCGACGACGGGGAACUGGCAUUACUAGGCGCGCCGUGGGACCUUUACUCCGAUGCCGCACGCUCAGCCGGUAUUGACGUCCUCCGCAUACCGACGCCAGAGGGCCUCGCGCCUCUGUCGCCAGAGGCGCUGGACGAGAGGCUUAGCGAUGUCCUGAGGGACUAUACGUUGCGCGGUGUGCCGGUGCUGGUACAUUGUCGCGGGGGCGUUGGGCGCGCGGGCGUCGUGGCGGCGUGCUGGGCGAUCAAGCUCGGGCUUUGCGGCUGGUUGGACGAGGGCGCUGGCGAUAGCGUACCUCGUUCGGGGGAUAACAUGAUUCGUCCCGCAGACGAGGUUGACUCGUCGGUAGUCGUCCUGGUCGAGCGCGCGAUCUUCUUGUUGCGCAGGAGAAGGAGCAUCAAGGCGAUUGAGACGUACGAGCAGGUGCGGUUCUUGGUCGAGUAUGUGGAGUACUUGCGCGGGACGCGCAGGUCGGAUUCGAUGGAUUCGGACAUGACGUUGGCGUCGUUGUAGUGACCUCCGUGGCGCUAUAGUGGCCACAGGUCUGUCGUCCCUCCUCGUCAUACCUUCCCUCCUCGCCAUACCUUCCAACCACGCAUACUAUGCCUCUUCACUCUUCUGUCCUUCGCAUUGCUUUAGACUGCAUAUCAUCUGCAUUUGCACGGACUGGUACAUAACGUAGAUUUCUUCUUGGGUGGAUUUGGGGGUACGUUGGUUGACUAUGUCGGAAUUUGGCCGAAUCGGUGACCACGGGCGAGCACCAGUGAUCAAAGGUGGUCACCGCGUCACCAUCCCGGACGAGUGAUCAGCUCUACUUGGUGGUGAAUGCCGGUGGUCACCGUGAUCACUAGUGAACCCAGUGACGGCGAGUGAUCACGGUGAUGCUCUGUGUUUCCCGGUGGUCACUAUUCGGCGCCGCGGAAUUAAAAAAAAAAUUCAUUAUCAAUACUCGACUACGGUACAU